UUACACAGAGGGAGGGAGCCUGUGUGUUACAGAGGCUGUGUUUUACAGAGGGAGAGGGAGGAUAAUGUGUGUGUGGCAAGGAAAAGGCAGGGUGUUUAAGAGUGAGAGAGGACAGAAGCAGAAGUUUUGAGAAAGACUAGUUUACUAGAGGGAGAAGUGUGAGCGAGAGGAACAAAGGCUACUGAGAAAAAUAGGAAUACAGAAAGGGAGGGAGGGAGAGAGGGACAGAAACAAAGUUCUAGCAGCUGUUUCAGACCAUCAGAGAGCGGACUGAGCCAAAGGGAACAAAAGAGUUUCUGUGUCAUGGGCAAAUCAGCUUCUAAGCAGUUUUCGGAGGAGGUGUUGCGGAGUCAUAAUGAGUAUCGUAGGAAGCACCAGACACCCCCUCUGAAGCUGAGCAGCAAGCUGAGUAGCGAUGCCACGAGGUAUGCUGAGUCUCUGGCCAGCACACGGAUCCUGAAGCACAGCGUUGAGUCCAGUAAGGGGAGCUGUGGCGAGAACCUGGCCUGGGCCUCCUAUGACCAGCCAGGGAAGGAUGUGGCUGACCGCUGGUACGACGAGGUCAAACAAUACAACUUCAACCGCCCCGGCUUCUCCUCUGGCACAGGUCAUUUCACAGCAAUGGUGUGGAAGGGCAGUAAGAAGCUGGGUGUGGGGAAGGCCAGUGCGCCAGAUGGCUCGUCAUUCGUGGUAGCCAGGUACUUUCCAGCAGGGAACAUCACCAACCAGGGACACUUUGACAACAACGUCCUGCCGCCCAAGGACUAAGGAACAUACUGACCCAUCCAAAAGACAUUUGCACUUUGACUUGUGACCUUGACUUAUAUAUACAAUAUAUAUAGUGUGUGUGUGACAACCACUGUGACUUAACACAUGCAUGAACAAAAAUCUAGGCACACCAUUGACCAAACCAUGCCAGCUGUGCCUUCCGGAGGUGUACCAGCCACCCAAUUGGGUUUCGCCCUACUCAUUCCAUCGUUAGUGGGGUAGGGAUUUUACACAU